AUGCAGCAGUACAAGAGGAUCGAGCGGGUUCAGGGCAUCCAGAGCGGCGAACUGUUCGUUCGAGUCAACAAUGCGGAGCUUUGUGAGCCCCACGGGACGCUCCACGGCGCUCACCCCUUCUUGCAGAAGCUGCUGCAUCUUCAGGAGGACGGUCCGAGAGCGAUGCAGCGUCUCGUACAGCCCAGCGACUCCAAACUGUCGUUCGCUCGCAAGUUGCGACGGCAGAUUCGACAGCGGAAGCGCUGCGCAGUGAAGCGUUGGGGCGCUGUGCAAGACGCCGUGGCGUCGCACGACAGCGCGAGUGUAGAUUUGAUAGCGGGUCACCUCUCGCCGGCGGUACAUCCUGCUUCGGGUGCGCUGGAUCGGUACUCGCAGCAGUUCCAGAGGCUUGAAAAAGCCUACAAGCAGCACGUAACGAGCAACAUAUUGCAUUUGUACGCGCUACUCCAAGCUGAACGUCGGUACAUUGCGGCGUGGAGUGAACGCGAGGAAGCCAAGUGUCGAGACCAGCGGGCACUCACCAAGUUGCUAUACCAGUUCAAUUCUUUUGCGUUGCAGCUCGAGAGCGAGACGUCAGGGCAAGUUCGAAUGUGGCGACUGCCGCCGUCUGACGCACAGCGUAAGCGCUGCGUCAAGGCGGCGACGGAGAACAUCAAGAAGCGCUUCUUCACGUCGCCUGAGCAGUCUCUGGAAGUGCUCGAAGUCUACAAGAUCGAGAACCGGGUGCUACUGAGCAACUUCCAGAGAUUCACCACGUCACUAGCCCAGACGACUGCUGAUAUCAAGAUGAAGGGGCUGUUUUGUAGCGUCCCAGCAGAAAGUGUAGAGCGCUGCGUUGCGUACGGGAUGCACGCGUCACCGAGCGGAGAGGAACCGCGUUUCGUAGACUCACAGGGGGCGGAAGCCAAGAUCUUCAAUCGUUCUGUGCUACUACAGGAUCGUGAUGAUGCUCCGGGGACCAACAUGGCGUUUCGAGCACGUUCGAAUGUGAGUGAUAGCACUUCACUCCACUUUCCCCGGCGCUUCAGCAGAUACAGCACGUUGGAGGAGAUGCGGUCG